AUGGCCAGGACAGGUGUCUUGGAGGAGACUGAGACUGAGACUGAGACUGAGACUGAGACUGACUCGUCUAUGGUGGCAGCAAAGGCCAUGGAGGUAAAGAAGCAGUUGGAGAGACUGGUCAAGGCCAUUGUUGAUGAAGAUGACUACAGGGUUGAGACUGCUGAUGAGGCUAUCAGAGCCUUGUCUUCUUUGAAGGGCUUGAAGCUAAAAAAGUCUCUGUCGUUCAAAAUUGAUGGCCAUGGCAAUCUUCUUGAUGUUCCUGAAGACUUCAGAUGUCCCAUCUCUGGAGAACUCAUGAAGGACCCUGUUGUCUUGGCCACUGGACAGACUUAUGACCGGCCAUUCAUCCAGAGGUGGUUGAAUGAAGGCAACCGAACAUGCCCUCAAACAAAACAAGUCCUCUCUCAUACUGUCCUUACCCCUAAUCAUCUGGUUCAAGAAAUGAUUUCACAAUGGUGCAGGGAGCAUGGAAUGGAGCUUCCAAAACCUGUUCAGGAUAUUGAUGAGGAAGUUGUCACCAAUGCAGACCGGGGAUAUCUAAAUUCAUUGCUUCAGAAGAUGUCAUCAUCCAUAUCUGAUCAGAAAGAAGCAGCAAAAGAGCUUCGAUUGCUAACAAAGCGAAGUUCACCAUUUCGGGCACUUUUUGGUGAGUCUAUUGAGACCAUUCCACAAUUGCUCAGUCCACUUUCACCGGGCCAGGCUGAUGCUGAUCCUGAUCUUCAAGAAGAUUUGAUCACUACACUAUUAAACCUUUCAAUUCAUGAUAAUAAUAAAAGAUUGGUUGCAGAGCAUCCCUUGGUCAUCCCUCUGCUUAUUGAAUCCUUAAUAUCUGGAACCAUUCAAACGAAAAGCAAUGCGGCUGCAACUUUCUUCACAUUAGCAGCCAUUGAUUCCAACAAGAUUAUUAUAGGAACGUCUGGUGCUCUCAAUCCUUUGAUUGACCUUUUAGAUGAGGGGCAUCCACUGGCCAUGAAAGAUGUUGCUUCAGCCAUAUUCAGCUUGUGUAGUGUUCUUGAAAAUAAAGGAAGGGCCAUCAAUGCUGGAGCAGUCAGGGUAAUUCUGCAGAAGAUAAUGGAUCGCGUGUUAGUUGCGGAGUUGUUGGCUAUACUUGCUAUGCUUUCUAGCCAUCAGAAGGCUGUUCAGGAAAUGUGCGAGCUUGGCACUGUAUCUUGCUUGUUUGGCAUCAUAAGGGAGAGCGAUUGUGAGCACAACAAGGAGAAUUGUAUUGCAAUCCUUUACACCAUCUGCUUUGCUGAUCGGACCAAAUUGAAGGAAAUUAAGGAAGAGGAAAUGGCCAAUGGUACAGUUUCCAGACUUGCAAGGACCGGGACUUCGAGGGCCAAGAGAAAGGCCAGUGGAAUUCUUGAGAGGCUGAAUAAGACUGGCUCAAUAACGCACACUGCUUGA